AUGAUCACUAAUUUUACAAAGAUGAGAGGCUUCUUCAUCCUUGGAUUCCCUGGACUUUCACCGCAGUAUUACGGACCUGUGUCGGCUCUGCUUUUUUUCAUCUACCAAGCUAUUGCAAUAGGAAACAUUUUCAUUUUAGCAUUUGUUGUCUACGAGAAGUCCCUGCAAAAACCAACAUAUCUGGUCUUUUGUCACCUGGCACUGAAUGACUUAACAUUUGGCACCGUUACUCUGCCUAAAAUCAUUGCAAAAUAUUGGUUUGGUGAUGGCAUUAUAACGUUUUAUGGAUGUUUUGUACAGAUGUUCUUUGUUCAUUAUUUAGGAUCAGUAACUUCUUUCAUGCUGUUGGUAAUGGCUCUUGAUCGAUUCGUCGCCGUAUGUAUUCCGCUGCGCUAUCCUGUUCUGAUCACAAACAACAUCAUAUCUGUGCUGUGUGGGUUUGCUUGGUUCAUACCUCUGCCUCUGAUGGUAGCGAUUGUCCUACAUGCCCUCACUUUACCUUACUGUAAAUCAAAUGUCAUUGCUCAGUGCUACUGUGACCACAUUUCCAUAACAAGUCAGGCGUGUGGAGAGGAUGUUACAAUAGUUGCAGUCACUGCACUGUGUGUUGCCAUGCUUUGUCUCUUGCUUCCACUUGCAUUUAUUGUAUUUUCCUACAUUUCCAUUUUUGUGGCCAUUGUGAGAAUUUCUAAUGCAGCAGGACGCAGAAGAACCUUAUCAACUUGCACUCCACAAAUAUUGAUCACAUGUCUCUUUUACCUGCCCAGAUGUUUUGUUUAUGUGGCCAAUACGGUCGGGUUUUCUUUCAGUUUGGAUGUUCGCAUUAUGUUGAUAUUGUUGUACAGUCUUUUUCCUGCUGCUGUUAACCCAAUCAUAUACUGUUUUAAGACCCAAGACAUUAAGCAGAUGUUAAUGAAGAGGCUCAGGAAAAGUCAAAUUGGAAUAGAGAUAAAAUUCUCUUCUUAA